AUGAGGCAGGACGAACAUCUUGGGCAGCUAGCUAGAUUUGGCGCUAGAGAUACCGACGGGUCUGUCGGUAUAACAGAGUUCCAGGUUGGUCAACAAUUCCAGGAUAAAGAUGAGGCGCUGUUGAGUGUCAAGACGUAUAGCAUCCGCCGAGGGGUACAGUACAAGGUGGUUGAGUCUGACUAUCGCCGGUACGUGGGAAAGUGUUCUGAGUUUGGGAAUGGGUGCACAUGGUUGAUUAGGCUGAGCCUCCGACAGCGCAAGGGCAUCUGGGAAGUCAAGCGGUACAACGGGUCGCAUACCUGUCUCGCCACCUCCAUCUCCAGUGACCAUAGGAGCUUGGACUACCACGUGAUAGCGACAUUCAUCAUGCCAAUGGUUAGGGCUGACGCAUCCGUCAACAUCAAGGUGCUUCUAAAUGCAACGGCAGCACACUUUUGCUUCAGGCCUACAUACCGGAGGGUGUGGAUGGCCAAGCAGAAGGCAGUAGCAAUCAUCUACGGGGAUUGGGAUGAGUCGUACAACGAGCUCCCUCGGUGGGUCUUAGGAGUUCAGUUGACUAUGCCUGGCACUGUAGCAGUCCUCAGGACCUGCCCUGUUCGAGUUGGUGGACAGGUGGAUGAGUCUCAGGCUUAUUUUCAUAGGAUGUUCUGGACUUUUCCCCCUUGUAUCGAAGCAUUUCGUCAUUGCAAGCCGUUGGUGGGUAUUGACGGCACCCAUCUAUAUGGCAAGUAUGGGGGAACGUUGCUUGUGACGAUUGCACAGGACGGGAAUUCCAACGUACUCCCUGUGGCAUUCGCACUAGUUGAGGGUGAGAAUGCUGAGUCAUGGUCCUUCUUUCUCUCCCACCUCCGUCAGCACGUGACACCUCAGCCAGGUCUGUUAGUUAUUUCAGAUAGGCAUAACGGCAUCAAGGCAGCACUUGAUGCACCUGAUGGGGGAUGGCUACCUCCGUCUGCAUAUCGGGCAUUCUGUAUUCGACACGUUGCAGCGAAUUUCGCCCUCACCUUUAAGGGCAAAGAUGCCCGGAGGCUUCUUGUGAACGCCGCAUAUGCGAAGACCGAGGUGGAGUUUGACUACUGGUUCGACAUCCUGCGCUCUGAGGAUCCGGCAAUGUGUGACUGGGCGAACCGAAUUGAGUACUCGUUGUGGACACAGUACUGUGAUGAGGGUUGGAGAUUCGGGCACAUGACGACCAAUAUAUCAGAGUGUGUCAAUUCAAUCCUGAAGGGGGUAAGAAACCUCCCUGUUUGCUCGCUGGUGAAGGCCACAUACGGAAGGCUGGCUGAGCUAUUUGUCCGUAAGGGUAGGGAGGCCGAGGCUUAG